GCUCUGCUGAUCGCUGCUGUGCUGCAAGGCAGGCAGGCAGGCAGGCAGGCAAAGCAGCUGCAGAGACCAGGGGACGCUGACAACAACGGAGAGGCUCAUGUUAGGAAAGUCAGAAACGGAACAUUUGCCUAUUUUGUGAUUUUACGAUUCAAGUUGUUCAAUUGUUACCUUUUCGGUGAACAUAUUUUCUUCAAUUUUACGUAUCCGUGGGAAUAUAUUUUGCAUUCUGUCGACCUGAAAUGACUGCUAGUCGCCGUGUCUAGCCAAUGGUUACUGCGGGGGCUCCUGUCUUGUGGAUUAUCCGUCGUCGCCCAGCCAGUCGCAUGGUCGAGCCCGGAGGAGGCCCCGCUCUGCUGGAUGGAUGUGUGUGAAGCAGCGCCGGACUCCCAGUACUGAUGAAGACGGUGAUAGUGAUGAUGCUCGGGUUUCAUCGGCAGCGGGUCAACUGAUCUUGGAUGUUCGGGCUAUAUCGCCCAUUCACAAAACAUUUCCUCAUAAGGCAAAACAUAUAUUCCUUAAAAACUGGACGCCCCUGGAGCAGUUUAUGACGACCCUGGUAGGAGCGUGAUGAGCGCGCGCUUCCACUUGCCUGCUGGCAGAUCCUACAAUGUCCGGGCGUCGGAGCUGGAGCGAGACAGGCAGCACACACAGGUUGUGUGCAACAUACUGCUGCUGGACAACACCGUCCAGGCGUUCAAAGUCUGCAAGUCGGAUCCUGGCCAGGUGUUGUUGGAAGCUGUCUUUAAGCACCUGGAGCUGACUGAGAGAGACUACUUUGGCCUGUACUUGGCUGAUGACUCCUUAGACGCACCACGCUGGCUCGAUCCCACCAAGCCCAUCAGGAAACAGUUGAAAAUGGACCUUUUUGGUUCGUUUUCCACAGGAGGGUCUCCCUAUAAUAUGAGCUUCAGAGUCAAAUUCUUUGUCACAGAUCCCGGAAAACUUCAGGAAGAAUACACACGGUACCAAUAUUAUCUUCAGAUCAAGCAGGACAUCGUAACUGGAAGAUUACCCUGUCCACACAACACAGCCGCACUGCUGGCGUCCUAUUCUGUUCAAUCUGAGUUGGGGGACUACAGUGAAUCGGAGCACACAGCGGGAUAUCUCUCAGAAUUCUGCUUCAUGCUCAACCCUCCGCAAGACUUCCACAAAGAGGUCGCCAAACAUCACCAGCAGCACAGCGGUCUAUCUCCUGCCCAGUCAGAGUUUAAUUAUCUGAACACAGCACGCACGCUGGAGCUCUACGGGGUAGAGCUGCACUAUGCAAGGGACCAGAGCAACACAGAGAUUCUUCUCGGGGUAAUGUCCGCCGGCAUUGUCGUUUACAAGAACAGGGUACGGAUCAACCUUUUCGCAUGGUUGAAAAUAGUGAAAAUCUCUUUCAAGUGCAAACAGUUCUUCAUCCAGCUAAGAAGAGAAGCGACGGAGACCCGGGAAACGCUGCUGGGUUUCAACAUGGUGAACUACCGGGCCUGUAAAAACUUGUGGAAGUCUUGUGUGGAGCACCACACCUUCUUCAGGCUGGAUCGACCCAUCCCGCCACAGAAGAACUUCUUCUCUCACUACUUCACUCUGGGCUCUAAGUUCAGAUACUGCGGACGGACGGAGGUGCAGUCUGUGCAGUAUGGAAAGGAGAAAGGCAUCAAGGACAGAGUGUUUGCAAGUCUUGUUCUGCGCAGAUCUCCCAGCAAGCCAUUAGCCAGGAAGUUGCUGGGCGGGACUGACUGGGAGUCGGUCAGCAGGAACAGCCUAUCAGACGAGAGACUGGAGACACAGAGCCUGCCCACCCGAUCGCCGCCCGGGACGCCCAAUCAGAACUCGAUGUUUGUACAAGAGGGAACGCGACUACGCCCGUCGUCCGUUGGCCACCUGGUCGAUCAUGUGAUCCACGCCUCACCCAGCCUACCUGUCUUCUCCUCGUCCAAUCACAAGUCAGCAUCGUCCACGCAGGCAAACAGCAUCAGCUUGGACUCAACACCGUCUCCAGACGGGCCCGACGGCCUCCCCCCAGCUCUGCCCCCCAAACAGCUGAGCAGGAAAACCCUGAGCCAGAUCAUCCAGGCCCACUCCCAGCAGAGCCUCCUGGACAACCACCUCAACGAGAUGUACGACGUCCCUGUGAACGCUGACAAGACCACGCUAAAUGGAGUAGUCCCCCAUGAUAAUCUGGUCCUGAUCAAGAUGAAGCCUGACGAACACGGACGUUUUGGCUUCAAUGUCAAGGGGGGGUUUGACCAGAAGAUGCCCAUCAUUGUGUCUCGAGUGGCUCCGGGAACUUCAGCUGACCUGUGUGUGCCUCGCCUUAACGAGGGCGACCAGGUGGUCCUAAUUAAUGGCCGGGACAUCUCGGACCACACCCACGACCAGGUGGUCAUGUUCAUCAAAGCCAGCUGCGAGAGCCACUCUGGAGAGCUCAUCCUAUUGGUCAGGCCCAACGCCAUCUAUGACGUGGUGGAGGAGAAGGCGGACUCGGAGCCAGAUUUUCAGUAUAUCCCUGAGAAGUCCCCUCAGGACCCCGCCCAGCUAGACCAGCAUGCUUUGAGGGACUCCAUGGUCACACUGAAGGACGGCCUGAUCAGUGGAGCCAUACUGGCACAGUUCGAUCAACUGUACAGGAAGAGGCCGGGGAUGACCAUGCUGUGUGCCAAAUUACCUCAGAACGUUUCCAAAAAUCGCUACAGAGAUAUCUCUCCUUAUGAUGCCACACGAGUCAUUCUGAAAAGCACAGAUGACUACAUCAAUGCAAAUUACAUCAAUAUGGAGAUUCCAGCCUCAAGUCUUAUAAACCGCUACAUAGCGUGCCAGGGCCCGCUGCCCAACACCUGCCCUGACUUCUGGCAGAUGACGUGGGAGCAGGGCUCGUCCAUGGUGGUCAUGCUGACUACACAGGUCGAGAGAGGACGGGUAAAGUGUCACCAGUACUGGCCCAAUCCAGACUGCAGCGCCAUCUACGGAGACUUUUCAGUAACUUGCCACAACGAAGAGGGCAACUCUGCCUUCCUGGUCCGGGAGAUGACUCUGGAACACAUACAGAGUGAACAGCAGAGAGAGCUUACCCAGAUUCAGUACCUAGCCUGGCCUGACCACGGGGUUCCUGACGACUCCACUGACUUCCUGGACUUUGUGUCUCUGGUGCGGACAAAACGGGCCGGACAGGACCAUCCCAUGGUGGUGCACUGCAGUGCUGGCAUUGGUCGAACAGGGGUUCUGAUCACCAUGGAGACGGCAUUGUGUCUAAUGGAGUGCGGUCAGCCAGUGUUUCCUCUGGAUACCGUCAGGACCAUGAGAGACCAGAGGGCCAUGAUGAUACAAACACCAAGCCAGUACCGCUUUGUGUGCGAGGCCAUCCUGAGAGUGUACGAGGAGGGCCUGGUCAAACCGUUCAGGACCGUCGUCUACCAGCUGAGAGAAAAGGGGGAGGAGGACGGGAUGGAGGAGGAGUACGGAGAGCAGCUGAACACGGCAGAAGGAUCGGAGAUGGAAGCGUCGGAAGACGGGGAUGUGGUGUCUGCGGUGGAGCUGCUGGAAGAAGGUCUAGAUGAAGAGGACGACGACGACGAAGAGGUGGAGGUGCUGGACGUGGGGGAAGUGACGGAAGACGGAGAGGACGACGAGGACGAGGAGGUGGAGGAGCCGAGCGUCGCAAGCAUCGCAAGUGCUGCAAGCAUCGCGAGUGCCGCUAGCGCCGCUAGUGCUGCUAGCGCUAACACGGAGACCAGCGAGAACCCUGACCCCGACCCCGCUAACCCCUAACUUUUGACCUUUGGCAGUCACCGGGGGUUACCAGGAAGUUGCCAGGCAACCGGAGGAGAGAACAAAAGCACUGUUGCACUUUACGCUGAGAAAAAUGGGGGGAAAAAGGACACACAAACGAACAAAUAAACAAACAAACGUGAAAGUACUGGACAAGCUAGAAUAAAAAAAGAACCCAGCCGUGUUGAAUAGGUACCAUUAGGGGGAUACUGUAUGUUCCGGGUGAAGAUAAAAGUCUACAAAGAGUGAAAAGUACGAGAGAAUAAAACGUGGAUGGGGAAUUGCUGUAGUGCCAUAAGUAAGAAGGGGAAGGGCCGCCACCCCAAUGGAUGGAACGUUUUUUUUUUUCCGCAAAGGGUCGCCCUGUCCCCUUCCGAGCGAGUCUGCCAGACGGACCUGCCUUUUUUUAGUGUCCUUUUAGCUGAUAAAGAGAUAUACCUUAUCUUUUGUUCCUCAGAAAGAGUAUUUAUUGUGUUUUUAGUUUGUGUCAAACCCUGUCCACUGAACAAAACAAAAAAAGAAAUGUGUAUGUUUGUUUGUAUGAAUCUAGAGCUUCAUGCUUUCCUGAUUACAUUUUUAGGUAGUAAAGUAUUCCUCUUCCUCUAACUACUUCUUUAUUUGCUUUUUGCUUUUUUCGUGGGGGGGAAAAAAACCUGAUUUAAUUUAUUGUACUUACCUUUCUCGGCUUUCUGACUUCCUGACAGCGCAGAUGGACAUCUCACCUCUUGUUCAAUGCCGCGGCAAGUUGUGUUUUUGAUUCUGCUUUGUGCUGAGUUUUUUAGCUUUACAGACAACACAUGCUGCCAAGCAACCUUUGUUUGCCGGUGUUUACUGGGCACCUCUCUUUCAACCCUUUCUCUCUACUGUAGGCCUACCACUGAAUGACACAGGGACAGAAAAUGAUACAUUUCAGAAAAACUCAUUCAUUCACCGUAUGUAAUGCUAAUGCUAAUUUAACACAGGAAGACGAAUUUGGUAUCAAAAAGAGAGGCCCCCCCUAGACACUCGACCUCACUAACCUACAAUCUAAGCUAAUUCCUCCGCUGUGGUUGAUAAAGCUUAAGAAUCAAGGAUGAGGUCAGUUCAUUUCGCUUAUUCAAAUCGACAUUCACUCAAUUAGAUUUUUAAAUCAAAAUCUGGGUCCCUGUCUGAAGUGUCCUUGAGCCAGACACUAGCAAUACAUUAAUUGUUUUAGAACCUGGUACGCAAAUAAUGAUGAAAAAAACAUGAGUUUUUAAUUAGUUUUGAAGUGGUUAAAAGCUGCUUAAACUUUUAUGCAAUCAGUAUUUCCAUUUUAGGAUAACUUGACGGUGAACUGAUCUCAACCUUUAGUGUGAAUCGUAAACAUUUUAAAGGCUCCCUCCACUGACCUCUCUAAUUUGUCUUACAAUUUAACGACAUUUGAAUAAUUGUAUCUUUCCUUAACAUUUGCAGAAUAUUGAGUUCUUGUAUGACCCAGGUAUCCAUUCAUUUAAUUUUUCCAAAGAAUUUUCCUAACCUAAUAAUUUUUAAAAUCUUGUUUUUAUUAAGGUUCAGAGGUCACUGGAGCGGAGCUUUAAACCGACCUUUGCUGUUUAUUUUUUCUCUAAAUCUGUCUGUGUGCCAGAGAACAGUUGACAGUUCAAAGAAGCAGCACAAAUACUACUUUCACCCAAUCAUUUUUCCCUUGUUUUUAAAAUAAUCUUUCCCAAUGGUACUUUAUUUUUAAGGCACAUGUUGUGCCAAGAUGAUGUGUUAAUGAGUGACAAAACUUGUAUUUUUAAUUCACAAAACCCAGCAUCGAAUUGAGUCUUUUUCUCUCUCCGUACAGGUAAAACUGAACAUAGUGGUAUGGAAUGAAGUGUAGCCUCUUCAUCAUUUGAGAUCUUUUUCUUAUUGGUACCUGCUGUCAUUGGAUUCUGCUGGAAAACCCUUACUGCUGUGAGUGUGUGAGAGUGUGUGUUCUCAGAUCUUUUUCUACAUCUCUGUCCUUCCUCAAUUUCUAACAUGUAGUCUGUUAGCUGUCUGGUCUAAGCCUGCUUGUCCGUUAACUGGAAUGAUGGGUUGUGCCAUAGCGACACAAACCUAAUCAAAGGUUUUUCCAAAAAAACUCAAAUACAUCAUUCUUGGAGAGUGUUUUAUGUCUGUCCUAUAAACAAGGCUGAAUUGUAUCCUUUAAAACAUUUUAAAACAGCUGAAUCAUACUUUUGCCACAUCAACAAAAGCAAUCUUUCUCUAUUUUAUUUGUUAUACUCUCCUAUAUCAUGGCCCUCUCUAACAAUCUGCCCUCUCUCAGAGCCUACGCAACAUCCACAGUCUAUUCUUCUUGUUAUUCCCCAGAUGCCUUUUUUAAAUUAUUUUCCACUCUCUAAAUAGCCUCAAGGCAAAUGAUAAAUAUGAGCAGAAUACCAUGAGUUUGUAGCCAGUGAAUGACUGACUGAUUUGUUUCUCAUUGGACGUAUGAGCUAAAAUAAAAAAACAUUUAGCCCCGUUAGCAUUUGUUAUUCAGCUGCAGGGCAAAAUCAAAUUGAAUUAGCGCUAAAGGGCUCAUGAUAAAACAAUUAUUUAAAAGAAAACUGAAUUUUUUUAACGGAAAACAUAAAUCAUGGGCCCCACCGUGAAAAGUUAAUAAUUGAUACAUCAGGGCCGCCAUCUGUGUUCAAAGUUUUUCGUUGUUGACACAUAAUUGGUACUGUGUGUGCGUUUAGGGUACUGAUCAAAGGUAGUUUGAGGGGACCAGACAUAGGGAGGGCUCGGGGUUAGUUGUUUUUUUGUAAAGAUAAACAAAACAGCUGUAGUCAGGUUAGGGAAAGGACAGCACUUUGUAGAAGGCUGAGUGGCAGGUAGUGCUACUGGAAAAAAAAAGUAAAAAUAAGUCGGAGAAAUAAUGCAUUAAGUUCUUUUUUUUUUAUUUGUCAUUUUUAUUUAGUUUCUAAAUAAGACCGGUAGGGGAAAAAAAGAAAAUAAUUCCUAACUACACAGUGCCACUUGUUAAUUUUGUGUAAAUAAUACUAGACCCUGUAAAUACAAUGUUGUAUAUGAAAAAAAAAUCUUUAAAAUAAAAGGGAAAAUCAUUUGUGAGCAGAAAGAUUUGUUUUCAUUUGAUUUUUUUCCCCUUUUUUUUUGGAUGAUUUAAAUGUGACACAAAUGGUGUGAAAUGGUAUUUCAAGACUGCAAUUUCCAUUUUUUUUUGUUUUGAGAUAAUAAUCUAUAACAGCGAGUGUAUAUAUAAUGAAUCACAAAAGAAUUGAGAAAUGUUUUACCGUAUUAUACCCUUGGUUAACUCCUACCUGUGUCAUAAAAUCCUUUGUCCUCAGUUGCUUGUUUCUUUCUGGUAUCAUGGUUUUACGGUGCUUUGUCUAUAAGCUUGAUUGUGAACAAUUAAAGCUUGUCUGUCAAAGCAUGGA